AUGUCAAAUCUACGUGAUUCCUCUCAAUCCUCACGAUUCAGUGAUCGCUCGUCCAUAUCAACAAUCCCCACCGACACCAUGAGUUCUUCACAAUCGAUUAAUGCAUCCGUCGUUCGAAAUACAUAUAGUUCUGCUCCCAGUGGACCAUUAUGCGCUCCUCUCCGUGUUAGAGAGCACGAAAAUAGAGAUGAUGGACCAAGGAAGGAUGUGAUACGCUUUCGAUCUAGUUUAAGGAAUACCAUAUGUGAUGUGAUGCGCGAUCGUGGAUGGAAGGAGACUGAUAGUGAUACUGACUGGGACUUUUUCUGGGCAGACGUACACUGGCUCCACGAAUUCUUUGACAAGUCCUACUUUUCAGAAUUCCAACGUCUAAACCACUUCCGAAAUCACUACGAGCUCACACGAAAGGACUUGCUAGUCAAGAAUCUCAAGCGGACUUUACGAGCCGUCGAACGAGAGCAUGGUGCUGAAGCAGCCUCCAAAUUUGAUUUUGUGUCGCAAUCAUUUUCACUACCAUCGGAACAUGCUCUCUUUUCAGAAGAGUUCAAGAGAACUCCUGGUGCUGUGUGGAUUAUGAAACCUGCUGGUCGUGCUCAGGGACGAGGGAUCUUCUUGAUUAAUAAAUUGAGUCAGGCUAAUGGAUGGAAACGCGCUGGGGCUGAUAAGAAGAGGAUUACGGCUAGUUCGUCGUCUUUGGCUAGUAAACGGGAUGGGAGAGACUCUAAAGGAUCAAAGAGUACGACUGCUUUGGAUCAAGAAGAGGAGGAUGGUGUUGAAGCUUAUAUCGUGCAACGCUAUAUCGCGAAUCCCUACCUAAUUGGAGGCAAAAAGUUUGAUAUCAGAGCGUAUGUCCUGGUGACUUCGUAUACGCCGUUGACUGCCUACUUGCAUCGAAAUGGUUUCUGUCGCUUCAGUAAUACUCAAUUUUCAAUGAAUGCUCGGGACAUUUCUAAUUUAUAUAUACAUGCCACAAAUGUCGCCAUCCAAAAAACCGCACCAAAUUACUCACCAUCGAAAGGAUGUAAAUGGUUACUCCGCUCUCUUAAACGAUACAUUGGAACUCACCGCGGAGAAGAAGCGGCCGAGACUCUGUUUUCACAAAUGGAGCAGCUGGUGGUCAGGAGUUUGCUGAGUGUUCAGAAAGUGAUGAUUAAUGACAAGCACUGUUUUGAGCUUUAUGGAUAUGAUAUUCUGGUCGAUGAUAAUCUCAAGCCAUGGCUCCUAGAAGUGAAUGCAUCACCUUCGCUAUCGGCUGAGACACCAUGGGACUAUGAUCUCAAGCAUGCCGUGCUAAACGACAUGUUUGAUAUUGUUGAUCUGGAACGAGAACAUGUCUCACACAAGGGGCCACGAACUAAAGUUGGUGGAUUCGACUUGAUUUACAAUGAUGGGCCUGUACAUCGUGAAGGAAGUCCUGGAGGACAUGUUUCAUUCCUUGGAUGUCACUGCCCCAUUGUUGAAGCACCUAAAUCUAAACGAAGGAAGGAACGCUGGGCAACUGGCAGCAACUAA